GUAAGGAGAGAGGGAAGGCUAAAAGAGGAACAAGGGAGAGAGAGAGAGGGAGAGAGAGAGAGAGAGAGAGAAGCAUCAGCUGCAAAUAGAGGAUUAACCAACACCACUAGAUAUUCAAAAGGGAAAAAAUGAGACCAAGAGUGCGUGUGUGAAAAAGAGACUGAGAGAGAGAGAGAGAGAGAGAGAGAGAGAGAGAGAGAGAGAGAGAGAACUAUCCAAGGAGCCGUUGAUACUGUUAGUUGACAGACAAGAAGACAAACAAGAAGAAAUAGCAGAGAGAUAUUAAACCAGGCUGGAUUAGAUUUCUCUGCACUGUGGAGAAACACACACACACACACACACACACACAGGGAAGUGUGUGAUGCACCCUGCCUGAGCGUCUGCGUUAGCUGUGUGCUGUUUGUUUGUGUUCAGAUUGUUUACGGCGUAAAGUGUACAGUGUGUCAUAGCCAUGAGGAGGAUAUUAUCUAUCACCUAUGUGUUGCUGCUGGUGAUUACUUUAUCAGGAGCAUGGAGAUCAUCUCAGCCCAGACUGCAGUUCACAUACUCGGAGCUAGUCCGUAGUGGCAGGUUGAUGUCUUUGCCGCUCUCUGCGGGGGAUCUGAACUCUCUGCUCCCUGAUGAAGAUGGCCGUAGCCUGUACAUCAGCAUGAAGGACUAUUUACUGUCAGCCAGCCUGGAUGAUGUUACACAACCCCAUCGCAAGAUUUACUGGCCUGCGAGUCCAGAUCGAAUCCAGGACUGUCUGAUGGCUGGAAAAGACUUAAAGCUGGACUGUGCCAAUUUCUUGCGUGUAUUGGAGCCCUAUAACCAAACGCACCUGUACGCCUGUGGAACGGGAGCCUUCAACCCUCGCUGUGCCUACAUCCCCACCCGCCUCUUCCUCAUGGCUGAGGAUCAGACGCUGCAGUAUGAACAGACAGAGUCUGGAAAAGGAAAGUGUCCUUAUGACCCCCACCAAAAGACUGCUACUGCCAUCAUUGAUGGAGAGCUGUAUGCUGGAAUCACUUCUGACUUUAUGAGUCGCGACUCUGCAUUUUUUCGUAGUCUGGGAGAACGUCAUGUGAUCCGCACAGAGCAAUAUGAGCCAACCUGGCUUCAGGACGCUGAGUUUGUGCGUGUGGCCGUGAUGAAGGAGAGCGAUAAUGAGGAAGAUGAUAAGGUCUACUUGUUCUUCACUGAGCGUGCUCAGGAGGCUGAGGGGCCCGCCGGCAAAGUCCUGUACACUCGAGUCGCCCGCGUCUGCAAGAAUGACAUUGGUGGCCAGCGCAGUUUGGUGAAUAAGUGGAGUACGUUUCAGAAAGCUCGAAUGAUCUGUUCUGUACCCGGACCUGAUGGCUUACAGACACACUUUGACCAACUGCAGGACAUCUUCAUUCAGCACGGCAAAGACGAGAGGAACCCGCUGAUAUACGGCCUCUUUACUACCACCAGUGAUGUGUUAAAUGGAUCAGCAGUGUGUGUCUACCGCAUGCAAGACAUCAUUCGUGCCUUCAAAGGAAACUUCUACCACAGGGAGGGGCCACAGUAUAAGUGGGCGGAGUUUACGGGCAGAGUGCCCUAUCCCAGACCUGGAACAUGUCCAAGCAGCACUUAUGGAAGUUUCCGUUCCACACGGGAGUAUCCCGAUGAUGUCAUCUUCUUUAGCCGCACCCACCCACUGCUGCAGGAAGUGGUGCGUCCUGUGGAUAGCCGACCUUUGCUAAUUAGAGUUGGUGUUGACUACAAAUUGACCCGCAUCGUUGUGGACAGAGUGGAGGCUGUGGAUGGACAAUAUGAUGUUCUCUUCAUCGGGACAGAUUCUGGCCUGGUGCUGAAGUCCAUUCACCUCCCCAAAGAGCAAGGACGGAGUGAAGAGGUCACCCUGGAACAGCUGCAGGUCUUUAAGCACAAGUCACCAGUCACCGCCUUGACACUGUCCAAGAAGAAGUGGCUGUUUGUGGGAUCUGCAGAGGGCGUGUCUCAGUUGGCUUUGUAUCAGUGUGACCUAUACGGUCAGGUGUGUGCAGAGUGCUGUCUGGCCAGAGACCCAUACUGCAACUGGGAUGGCCAUGCAUGCAGCCCCUAUAUGCCAGUUGCACGCAGGAGAAACACUCGUCAUGUUGGUGAUUAUGGAAAUCCUUUAACUGAAUGUGUCAGACAGGGAGCUGGUCUAGAGGUGCAGUCAGAGGAGAAGGAAAUAGUGGUGGCCGUAGGGAACAGUACCUACUUGGAGUGUCUGCCUAAUUCACACCAUGCCAAAAUUACCUGGUUUAAACAGAUCGGAGAGAACAGUCUGGAACAAUACGAGGUGACCUCAAGGGAUCAGCUGGUAGUGAUUGACAGGGGCAUUCUCAUUCCAAGGGCGGAGCUUAACCACGGUGGGAUUUAUCACUGUCAGCUUGAAGAGCAUGGCUUCCGUUGGACGGCCGUAACGAUUCGAUUGAGUGUGUGGCAUCCCAGCCAGCCCGCUAUCGCAGACUCCACCCAGCCCUUGCACCAGGAUGCGUUGACUCUGAUUCGCCACAGUGACUUGGAGCACUACUGCAAAGAACUGGGCAAACAGCAUCAUGAUCACAAAAAGUCCAGGGAAAAGCAGCAGGCACAAGAGAGAAAGAGAGGAGACAGAAAGAAGCCUGGAGGGGAGCGGGGAGAGAAGGAGCGGGGGAAAGGCAGAAAGAACAGAAGCAAAAUGGGGAGCUCUGUCUUAAGGUCUCCGAGAAGCACCUAGUAAUGUUCGUACUGUACACAAAAGAAACUCUACCAACAAUACCAUAAAUACAAUACGAAACUGAAUAGCAAGCACCUUCACAAACUUAAGCAUGAACUCGCAUAUACAUCAACAUACACAGACUGGUGACAAUAUUGUUUUGUUAAUAAUAAUAAUAAUAAUAAUAAUAAUAAUAAUAAUAAUAAUAAUAAGCUCAAUGAGAGGACUGUUUGUAAGCAGCGAUUUAUGAAUGACAAGGGGCGUGGCUUUUAUGAGGGAUGAUCUCGAAAUCAACAGACACAUGGACAUAUCCUGAUUAUGGUCAAGAGCCUUGCAGAGCUGAAACCCCUUACAAACAUACAACAUGUCUCAGACAUUCUUGUAGUUUGUGUAAAUAGAAAAAAAGACUCCAUUAUUUCUGGAGCACCUGUAAAAGCUCUAUGUUUUAAAAAGACUGCUGGCUUUGAAGCACAAAUUUGACAGUUAUUGCAUAUUAGCUGCAUCUAAAUGUAUUGUUCUGAAUGUUUUUUCCCCUUUGUUCUUAUUUAUCUUUGUAUUUAUUUUCACUUCCUUUGAGAGAAACAAAAGCUGUAUAUUUGCUGUGAACAUUUUCUUCAGUCAUUACAAAUGAACAAAAAAUAGUCCUACAAUGACCUUUUCUAGGUGGUUAAAUACUUAGGCAAAUCUUUGCUGUUGAAGGACUCUCCUUUAAAUAUUAAGAGACUUGCAAUAUGCACAUAUAUGUGGAAACUUUUGCUUGAUGUUUUGCUUAACGGUUCCUGGCAAUGGGAACUGCUUUAGAAUGGACUUGACUAAACAAGGACAGACAACUCAAAAUUCAUUUUCUACUUAACCGGACAUGCACUGUUUGGUAUAGGAGCACUUCAAGCAAAACAAAACAGAACUGAUUUCAACCACGCAUGAUGUACAUGAUAACAUCUAGCUUCAUGAUGACAGCAGGGCCAGCAACUGAACCCUUUACCUACUGUAACAGAGGUUAGGCAGGAUCCCCUCACCCAGGUGCAGGCUACUGUUAUGAAUUUUAUGAAUUUAUGAAUAUUUGAAUCUAAGCAGUUAACUGUUGCAUUGCACAUCUACAGUACCAGUGGAAAGUGUUUCUUCACCUGCUUAUAAAAGGAGGCUUCAUUUGUACUAUUUUUACACUUUAAAACAACAGUAAAGACAUUCAAAAGCUAUAUUUCAGAUUCUUUACACUAACCAUAAGGAACUGCGAUCGUCCAGCUUUAUGAAGGAGCAACCUUUCUAAUGCUCUUAACAAACAUCUCACCUAUGUUGAGCACUUAUCAGCUGCAUUUCCUGAAGUUGUUCCACAAUUUUCUCUCAGUUUAUUCAUUCGUUCAUCUUCAUGGUCAAGGUCAGGGUCAAUCUGGAGUCUAUCCAGAGAACAAUGGGUGCAAGGUGGGAGUAUAUCCUGGAUAAGACACCAAUCCAUUUACAAUUUAAAGUCCCCGAUCCACCUACUGAUGUGUUUUUGGGAACUCCACACCUUCUUGGUUUUGUCAUUGCUAAUUCCUGCCUGCUAGUUAGUUCUCACCUUUCAAGCAACAGGUAACAAUCUGGAAGGGAGAGGGAUAACAUACACUGAGACAUGGGACAUGGUGAGACAUGGUCCAAUCACUGUAUUAUAAGAGAGCUAAACACACUUGGAGGAGAGUAUAAACCUGCCUGUUCUGUAAUAAAUAAAUAAAGGUUAAAUCUAGACUCCUUA